AUGGGCUGUGCCAGCAGCACUCCCAUGGUUGCAACGGCGGGCAGCGAAAUGCUGAAAGCCGCCAGCCAUGUCAAACAGAAGGGCGAGGCCGUAGUGGAAGACGCCUCCGAAACGCUGACCAGUACUUUGGACACGGCCAAGGAGACCGUUGGCACGGCAGUGGCUGGUAUUACCAAUGAGCUGGGCAACGCCUUCAAGGAAGGUACUCAGGCUCUGGAUGACGCUAAGCACAAGGUGAUGGAGGGUCUGCAUCUGGAAGGGAACCAGGAAGCUGAUACCAAAGUAGACCCUGAAGAGGCAACAAUGAGUACUUCUCGUGCUCCAACGCCCCAGCUUCGCGAAGAUGCGGAUAGCCUAAAGACCUCGACCCCAGAACCGGAGAUCGAAAGAGCCCUGGCCAACGAGGAGGAGAGUCCACCCACUCCGAAACCCUCGCUGGAGGAGAUGGUCGAGCUGAGUGCCGAGGUCUCACAGGUGGCAGAUGCACCUUCUGCUCCUCCAGCCGCCGAGUCAUCUGCGCCAGCAACUGAGGCCCCCACAACCGUAUCCACCGCCGCCGUGGAAAAUCGUAAAGUGCGUCGCCGGUCGCAGGCAAAGGCUAAAAAGGAUCAAGAGCAGCGUAGACCCAGUACCACUGAGUGGGAGAAGUUCGCAGAUCAAUUGGCCAAAAGCAAGAAGUUCAAACCUUACGAGAGCUUUGCUCACGGCCAGAACAAGUUCUCCGUUUACCAGGACCACACGAGUCUGCGCGACAAGCCGAAUCACUAUGAUGGUCACUUCAGUGGUGGCAACUCGCUGAGUGCCUCCCAAUCGGAUCUGUCCAGUGGUCACAUAACUCCCGCACCCACUCGUCGAGGCCAGCGGGAGUUUGCCAAGUUCGUGGGUUCCGAACAACCGGGAAGUAUUUCGCGGUCCAGUUCCAGGCUUUCAAAUGCUGCCACUUCCAGGACAUUCGAUUUUAAUCCUCAACGCGAGCGCAUCAGUCUUCCAGUGGCCAAUCGCAUUGGUUCCGGAAUCCAUAGAGCUCCGGCGGAAAGGAUAUCCGGUUGGGGCAGGGGCAGGCCAGCUCCUCUGGAGGAGGAACCUGGUUAUGGACGCAGGAUGAGCACUGGGGUCUUAUCACAACCUUUGAGACCUGAGAGGGAGAAAUUCCUAGCCAAUGGAGUUAGCCGCCGGGCAGUACAACCAUUAACUCCAACUAAGGAUUCGAGAAGGGAAAAGUCUUCUAGGAAGCAGACUUCUAAGAGCAUUUCUUCCAGAGAGUCUUCUUAUUUGGAGUUGGAUUCCCAUAGAUUGGCUAAGAGUCCUUUACCAAUCCCAAAGCCUUUAUCAAAGGAUAUAGUACGUUCUAGGGAAUCAUCUUUAAAUGAAUUUGAUUCCAUCAAGUCCCAUAAGAGUCCCUUGAGAGGAUCAAAACCUUUUACAAAAGAAAAGAUUCCACCAAAGAACUUAGCUUCCAGAGAACCGUCUUAUAUAGAGUUAAAGCCCUCGAAGACCGAUAAAAGCCCUUUGAGAAUACAAAAAACUUUGGCAAAGGAGGUAUUGAAAUCUAGAGAACCUUCCUAUAUAGAAUUUCAAUCCUUGAAUCAGAAUAGGACUCCAAGGAGAGGGAAAUCUAUCACAAAGGAAGGGGUUAGAUCUAGAGAGCCUUCAUAUACCGAAUUUGAUUCUCAUAAAAAGGAUAAGAGCCCUUAUAGAAUGCCGCAAGAGGAACUGCCAGAAAAGCUCACCCAAUCACGUGAUACUCCUUUCAAUAGUCUACCUCAUAGAGAUCUUAGUCCAAGCGAGCUUACCCCAAUAAAUCAUGAUGCGACUUCUGCUCCUCCGACACCGGAAAAGAGAGAAACUCAAAAAGCUGCGUAUGCCGGCUCAAAGAUUCCAUCACCACCAAUCUCGCGUGCUUCCACGGCCAAAUCCUCAGACAGCAGUAACUUAGAUGUGAUAAUCCAACCCAUGAGCACUCUAAACACACCUAGUAUUAAGUCAUUUACCCAGUCACCAGAUCAAGUGGUGAUGGAGGGUUAUGAGGACUCAGAUUUGGAGGCUGCUCUGGCCAGGCUGGAGAUCUUGAGAGGUUCCACAGCCACGUUGCAGUCGCUAAGAUCCUGCAGUCCUGGCAAACACACCUACACAGCUUCCUUACUAAGUUCUAGACGAACUUCACCUUGGGUAAUGAGAAAGGAUUAUGGAGGUACUGUUGGAAAGGAUGGUAAGCCAUCUAAGUUGGUGGAAAGCUCACUGAAAUCCUCUCAAGCUAGCCAUCAAACACUCGAACGCUGCGAUAUUUGCUAUAAUGAGUUUCUCAUAAAUUAA